AUGACUCAGUUCGGUCGGAUGUGGUGGCUCCCACUGCUGCAGUGGCUGGUGAUUGGAAUAGGAAUGAGGUGCGUGCAGGCCUGGAGCUUUGGGCCAGUUCAAUCGGAUGGGGGUCAGGAUGCGGGUCGAGUGCCGCAACCCAGUGAUGUGGGAAGCACGGCAAAUCACACGAUACUCACCAGGCAGCUGAUUGUGGGCACCCUGCUGCCGCCGCAAGUUUCGCCGGGCACCUGGCCACCUGUGCCCUCCAUAGUGAAUCCCGGAACCACCAGUUAUUGCCAGUGUGUUCCACCGGGAUCCUGUGCCAAUCCCAUUCCCACUGCACCCAGCGAUGGCAGUGGCCAGCUGGACAUCAGGAUUGUCAAUAACGGAGGAUAUCCCUCUAUUCCCACCACUUCUGCCACACUGACCUGCAACUAUGGACUGGUGGCCUGCUGCCAGGCGGGAAGCUAUCAGUGUGGUCGCCGUUUUCCACCUCCUCCCGGCUCCUCGACGGCAGGAGCGGGUCAGGCGAGCUUUGGAGCAUAUCCCUGGCAGGCGGCUCUGCUGACCACCGCGGAUGUUUACUUGGGUGGAGGAGCACUGAUCACCGCCCAACAUGUCCUGACCGCCGCCCACAAGGUUUACAAUCUGGCGCUCACCUCCUUCAAAGUUCGUCUGGGGGAAUGGGAUGCCAGCAGCACCAGCGAACCGAUUCCCGCCCAGGAUGUGUACAUCUCGAAUGUGUACGUGAAUCCCUCGUUCAACCCGAAUAAUUUGCAGAACGAUGUGGCCAUCCUGAAGUUGUCCACUCCCGUUUCGCUGACCAGCAAAUCCACAGUGGGCACCGUUUGUCUGCCCACCACCAGUUUUGUGGGUCAACGUUGCUGGGUUGCCGGCUGGGGCAAGAAUGACUUUGGAGCCACCGGAGCUUACCAGGCCAUCGAGCGGCAGGUGGACGUGCCGCUGAUUCCCAAUGCCAACUGCCAGGCGGCGCUGCAGGCCACCCGCUUGGGCUCCUCCUUCGCCCUCAGCCCCACCAGCUUCAUUUGUGCCGGCGGAGAGGCUGGCAAGGAUGCCUGCACCGGCGAUGGGGGUUCGCCUCUGGUCUGCACCAGCAAUGGCAUUUGGUACGUGGUGGGACUGGUGGCCUGGGGCAUCGGCUGCGCACAGGCAGGAGUUCCGGGGGUCUACGUCAACGUGGGCACCUACCUUCCCUGGAUUCAGACCACGCUGACGCUGUAGAAACU